AUGGCGAACUCGAAGGAAUGGGCGCGCAUGCUCCGCGGCGAGCUGUACAUGCCCUGGGACGAAGACCUGCAGGCCAACCGCACUCGAUGCAAGCAAGCAUGCGACGAGUUCAAUGCCGCCGGGGCAGCUUCGCGGCGGCGUAAAGUAGAGCUCUGGAGAAAUAUUGUUGGCGACUCACGACCCCUGCCGCCAGUGCACCCCGACCCCAAAGAAGACGAGGCUCUCUUUGACGAGUCCGAUCCCUUCGUGGAUGGCCCGAUUACGGUUGACCACGGCCUCAAUUUCAAAGUCGGCCCGGGCUCUUUUUUGAACUUUGGGAUGGUCGUGCUGGACACCUGUCUGGUCACUAUUGGCGAACGGGUCCUCUUUGGGCCCAAUGUGUCCAUCUACAGUGCUAUUCAUCCACUGGAUCCGACAGUGCGACAGGGACUCAAGGGUCCUGAGGCUGGCAAGGAGGUGCAUAUCGAAGAUGACGUGUGGAUUGGUGGCAAUGUGCUGGUGCUGGCUGGUGUGCGGGUUGGCAAGGGGAGUACGGUUGGUGCUGGAUCGGUGGUGACUCGCGAUGUUCCGCCAUUCCAUUUUGUUGCUGGCAAUCCUGCGCGCAUUAUCCGUCGCAUCGAGACAUCGAUGGAUCCAGAGCAAUGA